AUGGCUUGCCCGGCAGGAUUUGGAAAUGGGACGCCCACAAAGCCUGGGGCUGCCUUCACCAAACCUCACAUCUUUGAAACAAUCCAAGAGCCACGAGAGCUCCGGAGCUUAACCCAAGAUUGCAUCUUCCUCCUUGGUGGGCAUUUUGCAAUCCUAUGCCAGUUUGCCCAUCCUGGGCUAGCUGAAGGCUCAUUCAAACACUCCAACUUUGCGUACCGUAUAAUGAAUCGACUUAAAACGACCGCGAGGUUCCUGAACGCAGCCGUAAUGGGCACUCAGGAAGAAAAAGAGGCCAUAUUCAGUGUCAUUCACGCUGCACAUGCAGAUGUCAAGGGCCCAAACUACUACGCUGAUGACCCUGAGCUACAUAAGUGGACAGCUGCAACACUUUUCGUAUCUCUCAUCAUCGUUCAUGAGGCUUUCUUUGGAAAGUUGCCCAAGGCUCGCCAAGAAGUCAUGUACAAAGAGUCAGCGGUGUAUGCAACAUCCCUACGCAUGCCGCCCGAGAUGUGGCCAGAGACUUUAGAUGACUUCUGGGUAUAUUGGAACCAUAACAUUGACACCCUGGAGGUGACUGAUUGGGCGAAGAGUCUGGCCAAGGAUCUCAUGUAUCCUAGACAUGUACCCCUAUGGUUUCAUCCCGCCGCGCCAGUCGCGCGUCUACUUACAACUCAUUGGCUUCCCGAGAGGUUCCAGGCAGCAUACGACUUGAAGCCCACGCCUCUCAACACACUCAUGUAUCAUUUUGUUGUUGGGAAUACGGCUCUGGUCUGGCCUUUCCUUCCUAAGGUGAUCAAGCAAGGGCCAAGUAGAUACUACAUUAGUGACAUGAGGAAGUCGGUGAAACGCAUUGAAGAGACGGGCAGUUGGCACGAGAUCAAAUCCUGA